GUUUGGAAACCACAUGUGCAGCCGGUAUUUAAGGCCAGCAGACACUCCCUCUUCAUAACUGUUACCAAGAUUCAGACGUGAGCACAUCUUCUAUCCGGACGAAAAAAGAAGUACUUAUUCUCUUCAAGAUGGUGAGGGAAAGCUGCAACACAAACUCUGUUGCUGCAUCAGAGGUGACACACAGGUGUGGCCCGCUCUGCCUCGGCCCUCUGAUCUUCCACUGCCAGGCUGUGGGCGACAUGGUCCGCCUGAGUCAGGGGGGUCGACUGGCGGAGAAAACCAAGGACACGUUCAAGAACGGCCUGGUGUUCAGCAGCCGCACAGUCAAGACCCAGGAGAGGAUUCGUCUGAGGGUGGAGAGAGAUUCGUUCAUCUGGAACGGAGCUCUGCGUGUUGGCUUCACCAACGUGUCGCCCUCGUCCAGGUCUCUGCCUCUGCCCCCCAUGGCCAUCCCCGACCUCACCAGCAGGCCUGGACACUGGGCUGUUCCUAUUCCUGAGUCCUUGUGUCAAGCAGGUUCAGAGCUGGAGUUCUGGGUUUCUUCAGGUGGCAGCAUAUACGUCUCAAACAACAGCAGUCAGUGGAAGCUGCUAACAGGAGUGGACCUCAGCCAGCCGCUGUGGGCCAUGAUAGACAUCUAUGGACAGACGUGCUCCAUUCUCCUCCUGGGCUCAAAGAUAAGAGGGUUUUGCACUAGAAGAUCCUGUCCUGCUCCUGAACCAAUCACCUCACCUGAUGUUUCCAGCCUCAGUGGAAGCACUGAUGACUGCAUCUCCUGUCUGGACAUGGAAAUCUCAGCAGAUAAAGGAUGUGUGGUUUGCAUGGUGAGAGAGGCUUCAGUCCUGCUGCCUUGUGGCCACCAGUGUUUGUGUCACCACUGCAGCUCCAAAGUCUCCCAGCAGUUUGGUACCUGCCCAUUGUGUCGACACAAGAUCAGCAGCACUGGAUCAGUGGAGGUCUGAGCUCCAGGACACCAGACAAGAAUCAGCAAAUACAAGCUACUGAGAGACUGGAACUGAGGAAACACUGUGAAUAGACCUUGCUGAAUGUGUCCUGGUGCAGGAGAAUAAAUGUUGGAGAUCUUUGCUGCAACGUCCCUGAUUGAAGUCCAACCAGGAAACUCGGUCCCAUGUUGUUCUCCUCAUUUUUCGUUUUUAUGUAAAUGCUGUACAGCUAGUGUAAGACAAAGUAACAUACUGAGAGGUUGAUGCGAAGAUAAAAAAAAAAACUGGAGCAUUUUCCUCGUUAAAACUUAUAAAUGUUACAGCUUUAAAGAAGUUCAAAACUGCAUUUUGUAUUUGUUAAAGAAGGAUACGGGUGAACAGUGAAGUCAGUCUUUGCCUUAGAAGAAGAUAUUUAUUGCACUCACAGCAAAAUGUGUACAAUUAUUUAUAUAAUGUAAUGAUAAUGUUUUUAUAUGUACAGUUUCCUAAAAUGAAGUUAUAACUUAUAAAUCAGUCAUUUAUUUUUGUAAAGUUUGUUUGUAUGCAAAUUAUGUUCUAUUUUUUAUUGUAAAUAAAUAUAUACCUAUUACAAUA